AGUCUGUUAACAGUCAACAGUUCGCCAUAUCAGCAGAAUCUGGCCGACCUGGACUUGGUGCCUAGUCAGCUGGCACAGGAGCAAGAUUGCACAACUGUCCUGAACAAACUACAGAAAUCCUGCACUGAGUGAAAAAUCAGAGGCGCCAAAGUGACUCAUUCUGAUGUGCACAAAGCUCAGGGUGCAGAGGGCAGAUGCUGCUGAUACUGGUGUCCCUUCUCUGCUGUGUCCAUGCGGCCGAGGCCUGUCUGCAGUGUGACCGCAGUAUCAGGCGCCUACAUGAGGACUUUGUCCUGUCUGCUCCCACUGUGGACGACCAGAUUGAAAUGAAAAAGAUUUCUGAGCAUGCCUAUGUGACCUACAGAGAGACCAGUCUGGAACGAAAGGGAGUCAUUGAUCCCACCACUCUGUACAGAGCCAGAACUGAGUACCAGAGUGAAUUUGACCGCUUCUUGAAAACCCCGCACACUGGAUCUGUGACAUUUGAAGCCAUUCAGAUCCUGGAGAAGGGCAGAAAGAUCUUAGAAAAACACUUGGACACAUUCAUCCAUGAUGGAUUGUGCCCCAACAAGUGUGGGCUUUUGAAACGCAGAGUAAUGGAUUGCUUCUCUUGCCGCUACAAGAUGUACAUCUGUCCCUCUCCCUCUGGUCAGCAGGACUGCAGUGAGUACCCAGUGCAGGCAGAGGAGGGAGGCCAGGCAGUGCUGAACUGUUUCCUCCCGUGGCAUCGCCUUCUGUUGGGAAGAACAGAGUACCACUACUCCUGGGCCCCCGGAGUGCCAGGAACUAAAAAGCUGAACGCCAGUGACUUCAAAGCCUUGGUGGUGACAGACGACUCAUCUGUGGUCUUAAAUCAGCUGGAUGAGGAUGAGCAGGGAACAUAUCACUGCUCUCUGCAGGGCCGUGAUGGAACCGUCUUCUACCGAGUCACUUUCCUACUCACUGUCGCCUCUUUGUCCGACCAAACUCACCGACCUGUCGUCACUCUGCCCUUCCUGCCUCACGGAGACAACUACUCACCUUUUCAACCUACUGCGGGCCUGCUGGUGCCAGUCAUCGCCAUGGUUACCGCUCUGAGCCUGGCAGCGAGCGUAGGCCUCGCAGUCGUCCUGGGACUGAUGAUGAGUCAGAGGAGAGCUGCAGAGGUGCCAAGGAGAAGGAGGAAGGAGGGAAAAAAUAAACAAAACCCAGUGUGAUGAAGAUUUUUUACACAGUCAAUACACACCUUGAUGACAGGGAGGUUUUACUCACUUCAGCUGUGACAUUUCUCUCAGUGGCUGAAUAAAUUUCCCAGCACACAA